UGGUCAGCGCGAGCACACCGCAGAAACGUGAUGGUCUAUUACGUCUGCCGUGCGGAUCUAACCAAUCGGCUGCGUAGUCGACUGUUGGCAGUCGGUUCCCGGGAUGAAUUAAAAUGACAUUGACGCCUGUACUGUCAUGCAGAUAGAGAUUGAUUGUUAUUUUCUUUCUAUCUUCCCGAGUCAAUGUUGACUUUCGCGUGGUUUCUUUGUUGAUGUUUGUACAGCCACUAUCUUUGCUAUCAGGCACGAGCGCAGAGAUCCAGCUUCAUCAUGAGAAAAGUUUUUUUCUUGAGCAAGGCUAAAGAAGACUUAUCCAGAUCAGACUUUAUAAGUUACCUGAAUUGAGAAGUCCGGGUAUGUCCAGUUUGGGAGUUGUUGGAGCAUUCGUGACAGAGGUACAUUAGGAAUAAUGGUGGUCAAUACGAUCCACUGGUUCCACGAUAACCCAUCUCUGCGGGACUCCGAUACUCUGGUUUACACAUGGUUUGCAGGAUCGUCCAACGUGGGAAUCAGCAGAUGGAGGUUUUUGCUGCAAUGUUUGAGGACUUGGACACCAGCCUUUUCAAGCCUUUUCAAGGAGUGGAAAGUCACUCGACUGUCAUACGAGUACGACUCCGAGCCUUUCGGGAAAGAUCGUGAUGCAGCCAUUAAGAAGCUGGCCACUGAAGCAGGGGUGGAAGUCUUCGUCAGGAUCUCCCACACACUUUAUGAUCUGGACAAGUCAAGAAAAACAGCGUCCCACCACUGUCCCUUUACGGUCAGCUGCUCUGGCGUGAGUUCUUCGACACCGCAGCCACUAACAACCCACACUUCGACAAAAUGGGAGUUCAAUCCCAUCUGCGUGCAGAUCCCAUGGGACAGGAACCCCGAAGCUCUGGCAAACUGGACAGAGGGCCAGCCUGGUUUCCCGUGGAUUGAUGCCAUAAUGACCCAGUUGAGGCAGGAGGGGUGGAUCCACCAUCUGGCCAGGCAUGCUGUUGCUUGCUUUCUCACGCGUGGAGACCUGUGGAUCAGCUGGGAAGAGGGCAUGAAGGUGUUUGAGGAGAUGCUGCUUGAUGCAGACUGGAGUGUCAAUGCUGGAAGCUGGAUGUGCUUUCACCCUUGGAAUGCCCCAGAAAAUGUUCAGAAGAUUGCAGAGUGCAUAAUCGGAGUGCACUACCCUAAACCCAUUAUUAAUCAUGACGAGGCCAGCAGAAUAAACAUCGAGCGAAUGAAGCAGAUUUACCAGCAGCUGUCCUGCUACCGGGCCUUGGGCUCCUUGCAACUGUUCCAUCCAAUACAACCAACAAUAGAGAUGGUAAUGGAGCUGGUCUUUCCUCGGGAGACAACACACAGGAGAGCACUCACAUUACAUGUAUACUUGUGUUAAAAUAUUUAGAUUUAGAUUUUACCAGUGCACCUAUUACCAUCAAGUUCUCAACCAGAGUUCUCACCAUUUCCAGUGUCACAUGAUCUGCUGACAUCUAAACUAUGAAACAGGCCUUAGGCUGCUUUCAUAAGAUGUUUUUCUUUCUAAUCUAGGUUAUUCGGGUAGUGGUAUGGUUGGACAAGCUCAAAAACAGUCACAGAGAGGUGAGUUCUGUCCAAACCAAUUUAGAAGACUUUUAACAGAUUCUGAACUCAAGCUGUAUUGACCCACAAAGCAGUUUAAUGUUUCAGUGUGGCCUAAAAUGUUUUGAUUUAACUAAAAAACACUUCUUUGACAGACUAGUUUAAACACAUCUGAUCUUGCAUUAAAAAGAAGGGUUUACCUUAUGUUCUAGACAGAUACUUCAAGAAAGCUACCAUGUAUAAUCAUAUUUGAAUUAGAAAUCUUUUGUAAAAUUACAAAUGUCUUUACUGUAACUUUUGAUCAGUAUAAUGUGUCCUCUGCUGAAUAAACUUAUUAAUUAACCCAA